UCCCGGUACGUGACAUGAAGGAAUGAGGUUCGACGGCAUGGAGCUAAAGGUGUGGGUGGAUGGCGUCCAGCGAGUCGUCUGCGGGGUCUCUGAGGUCACCACUUGCCAGGAGGUGGUCGUUGCUUUGGCACAGGCCAUCGGCCGCACAGGGCGUUACACACUGACGGAGCGAUGGCGGGGGAUAGAGCGCCCCCUAGCGCCCUUCGAGUGCCCCAUCGCCUCACUAAACCAGUGGGGCCCGCAUGCCGGCGACGUGCAGCUGGUGCUGCGGCGGACGGGGUCCACGGCGACCGAGCGGCCUGCCUCCGAUGGUCCCGCCCACAUCCCGGAGCGCGUCCUGUACCGCCAGAGCCUCCCUCCAUUGGCCAGGCUCCGCCCGCCCACUGAGCGCUCCUUCAGACGCAGGGAGCCCAAGCGCAAAUCCGUGACCAUCAUGAGCGGCGCCCGGGGCUUCUUGGACAUGUUUGGGAGGUCCAGGGAUUCGGAGGCCAAGCAGCACCUCAUGAACCAUAGUAACAGCAUCGCCACGGCGUCAGGGCUGCGGAUCAGCCCGACCCGGGAGCUGGCCCACCUGGUGCAGCUGCAGAAGGAGAAGCUGCGGAUGCUGGAGCAGAGGAUCGGGGGCUGUGAGUCGGAGUUGCGUGCCUGGGCGGAGCGCGGCGGUGGCGCCGCUGGGGUGGGCACCUUCAUCAGGCUGCAGGAGGAGGUGCUGGCCAUGCAGCGCAAGGUGCAGAGGAAUGAGGUGGAGAUCAGCGAGGGCGAGUUCUGGGAGAACGAGCUGCAGAUCGAGCAGGAGAACGAGCGGCAACUGCGGGAGCGGCUGCAGGAGCUGCUGCACCGCACGCAGGACUGCGAGGUGCAGCUGGGCUCCUCACUGGGCCGCAUCCAGGACAUGGAAGCCGGCGUGCAGGUGGAGCGGCUGCAGCAGGAGACGCAGGAGAUGCAGAAGUUGAACGAGGAGGAGGUGCGGGUCAGGGUACUCAAGCUGAAGGCUGAAGUGGAGGCACAGACGCAGCAGGCGUCCAGGCUGGAGAGCAGCUGCAGGGCCGUGGAGAGAUCGCUGGGCCAGUCCGCACGCCGGCUGCAGGAGAAGGAGCAGGAGCUGGAGCAGCUGACCAAGGAGCUACGGCAGGUCAAUCUGCAGCAGUUCAUCCAGCAGACGGGCAGCAGAGUCAGCGUUACGCCCAGUGAGAGCAGCGGGGAGCCCGGCCGCGUCAGCCCCGGAGCAGAUGAUGCCACCUCGCUGUGGGGCUCCCUGAAGCGUCCAGCCUCCUCUCAACCUCUAUCCACCAACAACCUACAGGACCAGGAGGGUCACCUGCCCUCUGGCUUCAGCCACGAGGGCAUCUAUGUGUGAGCUGUGGAGCAUAGCCCCUCCCCAGGGAGAACCAUAGUCCUUUUGCUGAUUGGUCCAUGCCGGGAAGGAAAAUGACUUCUUAUUGGAUGAAGCAAUUCAAUUCAGUCUUCUGGGAAGGAUGGAACUAACCAGUCACACCCUGUAUUUUUAAAUCUGACGGUAACACUGCCCAGGGACAUUUCUAGUUUUGACACAUACCCAUCGCGUCUGGCAUGGAGAACACGCAGACCAAUGCACCGAGUGUGAGAGCCCAGUGCCGCGAGGCAGCUGCAUGUUACUGCGUCGAUUACAUUUCAUGCAGCACGACUUAGAAGCAUCGAGUCCCUCUGGAGGACUUACAGCAAUUGACUUUUCACACAUGUAGAUCCUAGUAGAUUAACCAUUUUAGAGAAAACCACUUAUCUGCCUUAAUCCACUAUGACCUACAGAUAUAAUGUCAAGUAAUAAAAGCCUUUGGUUUAGUUUUGCAUUCUAUUUGUGAACAAUGUACUUGACCCCACUCAAGAUUCUAGAACUAUGCAGCAUCAGUAAAUCUAACUAGCAAAAUGUAGGCUAUUGGCUCUGAUACAUUGCAGCUAAUGUGAAGUGUGGUGUUCUUGGAAACACAUGGAAUCCCCUUCUGUUAAAUUAGUGCUUUUAUGGUGAGGGUAUUGCUACAUAUAUUUUUCUUAAACAAAGCCAAAUUUUCUUUGUUGGAUUGCAUGAAUACAUUAUGUUCCCGAUGGAUGUUAAUAUUUACUUUACAUUUGCUCCGCUGAUUUUCUAAAGCAGGAAUAUUAUUGUCAGUACCCGAGCAUCUCGAUCUCUGAUAGAGGUAAAUCCAGGCUGGGCCAGCAGGGGGCAGCACAGAACCAGUACAUUUUCUUUAAAGUCUGGGCUUUUCUACGACCGGUGCAGCGGGGGAGAACGGAAACAGCUUCUCCCAGUUCAGUCUCUCAUGGCAACAGAGAUCACAAUACUGGUAGAAAAGGUAUAUGUGUACAGUGUUUUAAUAUGUGCAUUCGAGUCAAUUUGUAAAAUACAAAAAAACGAUGUUUUAACUGCCUGACAUCCGGUGCAUCAAUUGAAAAAGCAAGUGCUUUUCCACAACUUUAAAUCCCUGUUCUUAGGGCUCUAAGUUUUAAAAGCAAGACUUAAAGGAAAGACGGGUCCCCGUGCAUGCGGCACGAGCCACAGGGAACACGGUCUGCACUGAUCUCUAUGCAUUUCCUCGACACUUUGAUGCACUACUUAUAAUGAAAACCCUGUAUUCUUCGCUUCUCCUUCUGCUAUAUUCGACUGUUUUAAAUAAAGAUUUCUUUUUUAUUA